AUGAAUCUCGUGACGAGCGCAACGGAACGUGCUGUGGUGGCUUUUGGAUGCAACGAUGACGGGCAGCUAGGCACGGGAUCUAAGCGUCGAAAGCCGCUAGCCAUCGAUGACGUGUCGGCUUCUAACUUCCCCAAGCUGCUCGACGGCCUGCAGGACGAAGAAAUCGUCGCUGUCUCCUGUGGCUCUCGACAUACAAUGGCGCUUACUGCAAACGGCGCUGUGUACUCAUGGGGAUGGGGAUCGAUGGGACAAUUGGGCCACGGAGAUCUUAAGAGCAUCAACGAGCCCCAGAAAAUCUAUUUUUUUGAAGAGAAUGAGCUAGUGAUCGACUAUAUUUCAUGUGGGGGAUGUCACUCCGCUGCGGUGACCAAUGACGGAGCAUUGUACAUGUGGGGCGAGACGCACUGGGGUCAGCUGGGUCUAUCAAAGGAAUUUGAAGCGUCGCACGAGUCCCUGCCAGUCAAGUGCUCGAUACUACCGGAAGGUUGUAAGGAUGAGGAACAUGUUGUGAAAAUCAGUUGCGGUGGGACGCACACAGCUGCACUGACCAACCUGGGACGUGUUUUCGUAUGGGGUCGAGGUGAUAGCGGCCAGCUCGGUAUCGGCUCGGCAUGGUUAAAUGAUACGGAAGAUGAGUGUCUUAUGCGAGUUAGCCGCCCGCAUUUAUUGGAAGGAUUCAACGGCGAGAAGAUCGUGCAGGUUGCGUGUGGUGCGUUUCACACGGCUGCUGUUACCGAGCAAGGACACAUUUAUAUCUGGGGAAAAGAGGACUACGGCAUGCUUGGCGUUGGACAGACAUCUGACCAGCAGACCCCAAAGCGCAUCGAGUUCUUUGACAACAUUCCAGCACUUCGAGUCUCUUGCGGUGGCUGGCACACCGUGGUGGUGGCGAAGUCAGGAGAGUGUUACGCUUUUGGACGGGGUGAAUACGGCCGACUUGGCCUCGGUGACGCGAAAAGUCGAACGCGUCCUCAUUUGGUGAAAGCUUUACAGGGAAAAAGAGUGAUUCAAGCGGCAUGCGGUGGCUCUCACACCUUGUUCGUUACGAGCGACGGUAUCGCCUAUGUUUCUGGACGAGCUGACCACGGCCGACUCGGAUUAGCAGACAUGAAGCCGUUGGCAAUUCCCACACAUCUGGAUCUCGGUCAUAUCCCAGUUCGCCAGGUCUCUGCGGGUGGUGCACACUCGGUAGCUAUCAUGCAUGUUUCACGCCCUAUCUUCUCGCCCAUGAUCUCGCCAAUCCCUACCAACAACCAUGUGCCGCACGACGAAUUAUAA